CCUGUGUGGCUUUGGAACACAUGGUAUAGUAUAUAGGGAAUUUCAGCAGCCCGAGGUUUUGGAGACAGCCAGAAGCUGUGCCUCAGCCUCCUCGGCACUGGAUUUAGGGAAAGGGCGGGGCUCAAGCUGAGAAAACAAAGAGAAUUAUGAUGGUAGGGUAGGUCAGGACUUGAGGGACAUGAGUGGCCCCAUCUUUAGGCAGUAGGUGCCUUGGGCACCCUAGGGCUCUGCAGUAUGUGCCUGGAGCGUGUGAGGGACGAGGAGCCUGCCCAAGUCUACCCAGAAGGACCACGAAGGCACCAUCCUUCAGAGGUUUCUGCCAGGCAGUCUUUGAAUAAACGUAUCCAAUACAUGCAAAACCUAAGGAAAGAGAAGAAGAAAUUGGGAAAGAGGUUUGCAAGGCCUAACCCCGUUCCAGAUCCAGGAAUCCUGUGGACAACUGAUUAAAUCCGGAGUCUUCUAGAAGAAACCAUGCUCCAGACCAAAAUAUGUGGGCUUCUAACACUGAACAACAGGUCAUGGCUUGACUUCAUCUAAAGGAUAAAGAAAUGUUCUGCCAUUCUGCAAAAUAAACAUGGAACUUGCACUCGCCA